GGGGGAAAUGGAAUCCAUAAAAAUCAAAACCAGGGGGAAAUGGAAUCCAUAAAAAUUAAAACCCCCGCCUGUUCGAUCCUUUCUCAGCCAUAACCCUAAUCUUUGAAUUAGCAAGAAAAAAGCCUUAGGGAUCGACGUCAUCUUCACCCACCUCCAACGCCUCCAACCCUAGUCCUUCAUCCAACACAACUCGGGAUUUCUCUGAAUGAAAACCUCCAACUACAUCCUCCACAUGAACAAAAAACCUAAUUGGCGGCCACGUUUUGACAUCAGGUAUCCUUUGGAUGAAAGCCUUCUGUUGAAACCAGGGUCCCUUUGAGAUCUUCUAUUAGGGACGAUUGCUCAUAUUUAGUUCAUACAUCCCCUCUAACCAAACCACUAGCAUCGCAAAACAACCCUAAUCUUCUAUUCGUUCGUCUUGGCGACUAGAGAGGGAAUUGUUCAAGGUUUUUGUGUGGGUCUGUCGGAUUUAUGAGUCACCGUUGAGGGAAGAGGGGGAAGAGGACUUCGAGACAAAAUUUUCUCCAACCUAAGCUAUCGAUUCCUAUUAUUUUCUUCUCAUUCUUUUCUGUUUUCCCCGCCAAGCACCAUCUACCGCCAUGGUCGGCAGCCUAGGCUGUCAGCGUGUUUCUAUGUCGCCACCCUCCACAAUUAGACAGUUGGAGGGUGAACGACUUUCUCCAUCGGUUCGAUUCUUGCAUAGAAGUUGCAAUCCAAAAACAAAAGGAACAGCUGUCUAUCGAGCUUAGCAAAAUGAUGCUUCUGAAGUAUUGGGAGUGACAUUUGACUGUUUACACCAAUCGUUCAAAUCAUCUGGUUCUGGUUGUGGUGGAGAGAACCUAGAGUGGAGGGCUUCAGCAACGAUAUCUCCUUGCCAUGUCACAAUAUUUUAUUCCUUUAUAUUACAAAUAACUAUAAUCUUUUUAAUGGUACAAUUUAUUCAGUUUUCUUAGUAUAAUUAUAAUUUAUUGAUGGCUUGUUAUUGUCUUGAACAUUAUUUUAUUCCUUUAUAUUGCAAAUAACUAUAAUCCUUUUAAUGCUUCGACGAUAUUUGGGUGAAUAUGUCCAUGGAUUUUCAUUAGGGGCCUUAAGAAUCAGUUUCUGGAAAGCAAUCCAAGACAUCCUUUUGCUAUUGGUCUUACUCUGGCAAAGCUUGCUGCUUUUACAGUGGAUGAAAAGGGGAAUGAAACAUUUGACACCAGUGGUGCACUAGAUAAAUUAUGAAAGUCAUUGCAACUUGAAAGGCUUGCUAUGUAUCACGAUUCCAACCAACCUCCUUGGAUGGUGGAUAAGAAAUGGGAAGAUCUCAGUCCUAAGGAUUGGGUUUAGAUAUUUGAAGAUAGAAUAAAUGAACCUGCCAAGGGUCAUGCAGUUUCUGCAUGGGCUCGAGAUCGCCACUACUUAGUUUCACUAUAGGUUAUCUUGGAGCCAAAUUUAGCACUUCUGUCAUCUUCGUAGGUGAUAUAUUAAGUUAUAUGCUGGUAUACUCCAACAAACGAUGGAUUCUAAUGACCCAGAAGCUAGAAGUAUUGAGAGAGAUCUUGAUCCAAAAGUUAUUCUUCUAUGGAGGUUCUUUGCACAUGCAAAAGUUGAAUAUGUAAAAUCAAUGGAAGAAGCCAAAAGAAGUGAGGGUAGUAGUAAUUUAAAGUUUUCAUCUCAAGGGGAGACAUUGACUACAAGAUCUCCCAGGUUCCAACUUCAACAACAUAGUUGUAGGCAGAGAAUAAUGUGGAUGUGGACAGAUUUUGGUACUAUACUUAAGUCGAGGCUGAUUAGAGUUGCUCAUUGUUUAACAUCUAUUCAGGUAAGUAGUUCCCCUCUUAAAAGCAUUGUUAUUAAUGGGGAGACCUCAUUAUCCAUUUACACAGUUUUAGAGGUAUAUAGAGUUUCAGAUAUGGAACUUGUCAGUGCGCUUCCGAGUGCAGAAGAUGAGGUCAAUGUAGCUUGCUUUCAUCCUCUUGCUGGAGGUGGUCUUGUUUAUGGAACCAAGCAUAAUGGUGGUCAUGCGCCCAAACCUGAUCACUUUUUUGAAGCAAGAGCAGUUGAGGUUCAUGGUGGUCGGCAGUCCAUAUUGGUAGGGUUGAUGAAAGCGAAUAGCCUUGGAGUUAGAAGAGGAAAGAAAGCUCAAGCCAAAAGAGAUAAGACGCUGUAAAUGCAAGUGUUGCAUUCUUCAUUUCAAUUGUUAGUAUGAAACACAGAGUAGAUGGGCCAAUGUACAACUUCUUAUCUAUAUAACAUCUGUUUGGAGCAUUAGUCUUAAAGAAUUAUGAAAGGCAAGAUGCAACUUUACUUAGUUGGAAUUUGAUGUAGAGAGUAGAUUACAUGCAAAUUUAGAUAUUGUAAAAAAUAGAAUUGUAUGACAUUAAAUUUUAUGCAAUGGAUUGUAUUUUUUGUAUAUGAUAUUUUAUUUCUAUUAUGAGACAUUAAA